AUGAUAUAUUUCAAUACAAUUUCAGAAGUCAAUACGAUUUUAAGGGUCACGUAUUCAUCAUCAGAUAUUAUUGGACACAUUUUUGAGUAUGGGCAUAUGGAUACCUCAGAACAAGAUAAAUCAAAACACAAGAUGCUCUUGCAUCUUCAAGAUAUAGAGGAUACUAAGCUUAAGAUAACUUUGUGGGGUCAUAAUGCAUACUACAUGCAUGAUUUUCUUGCUAACAAUAACAGCCUUGCUCCAGUUGUUGUUAUUGUUCAAUUUGCCAGGGUCGUCCUUUUUCAUCCACCUACUUUGAUGUUAGUAGGGUUUUCAUAA